CAGGCGAACAAAUGGUGCAGAGGCUGGACUACAUGGAACCAGCCAAUGAUUCUCGAUUACGAUGUGUUUUCACUAGUGGAAGGAGGCACAGAGCAGAGGCAGCAGCUUUUGCCAUGUUGAUGUGAAAAAGGGACAGAAGAGCAUCUGAAAUAGGAGGUGAAGGUGGGGCCAGUCGCAUCCGCUUGAAAACACAGCCAGAUACAUUGCAAUGAUGGCCAGGCACUUGAAUGGUUUCAAUUCAAGUGUGCCGCCGCAAGGACUGGAGGCCGUCGCUCUCUCUCAAAUCUCUUUUCAAGUCCAGGAGGUGUACCCCUUCCACGAUGGCUGGAACCUGGCUUGCUUCAUCGUCCUCUUGCUCUUCAUCCUCACCGUUGUGUCACUGGCUGCCCUGGCUGUGCUGUACGAGCUAUUGGACUGUGGCUGCUGUGCUAAAGGAAAGACGCAGUACCAGCUCCAGGAGGACGGGCUUGGAAGCUGCAGCAAAUCCAUGGCUGGCCUUUGCAAAGAACCAGACUCUCAAUCUGAGAUAGUUUAAGAUACUCUGUAUAUAUCAAAAAAGAGUGAUGUGACUAUGCUGGAUGGACAAUUGAAAUAUACCAUAAAUAUCAACAGCAAAGUAGUUUGGCAAAGCAUCAGUAGUGUCACCUUUACACAUUAUUGUGGUUAGUCCUUCUGCAGUGGCAAAACACUGUGUGGAGAAAAUGUCCCUAUGAGAUGAAUGCAGAAUUCUUGUCAUUGGCGACAGACUCAGAAUCACUGCAUGAAAAAAGUCUGAGUGUGACAAUUUCUUUCCUGGCUUUUUUUGUCGUGCAACCAAACUCCGACUUCAGAUGUGCCUGCACUGCGGCGCUGAUUGCUUAGAAACCAGAUUUGAGUCAUUAAUAAAGGCACAGAACAGAUGUCGACUUUGUGAGCACAAGUAGAAGAAGGCAGAAGGACAGAAUCAGGGAAUAUGUCCAAAUCUGAGCAUUAUGUUUCUAUUUAACUAUCAAGUCACAACAAAUGUCAAAUCACAUGAAAGACAGUACAAACCAUUUCCUUGCAAAUCUAUGUUUAGAAAUAUUCAAAUUCUUCUCAAGAUCCCUACACCUGGAUGAAACCCAAAUCAAGUCAGGCAUAUUUGGUAUUUUCAUCACACUGCUUGCAUGUUGAUCAAAACCCUUGUCAUGUUGUGGUAAUAAGCGCACAGCAAGCUCAAGUCAAUCUGUUUUAUUACAAAUAUCUUAAAACCAUAUCACUUCUAAUGUUUCAGCAAUGUUCAUUUCUUCCUUCUCACGGUCACAAACAACACAAUAAACUAUUUACUUCUACUCUGUUUCACUCUCCUUCACGAUCAGCAAAACGAUUAGAAGUGUCAAUUGUAACAAAAUAUUUGAUCAUGGUUGAGAAGGAAAAAGACCUGCAGUAAACUGUGCUAGUUGAGCACAUCACCACAACCACCCUGUGUUAGCCCCAAGAUAUCCUAGCUAGUUUGAAUUUCAGAAUACCCU